GCGACAGGCACCGUUAAGUUAAAGUAUCAGACAGACCAGACGAAACCACGAUGCUUAGCCCCGCCACUCUUACCCGGAAAACACCACUCUUGUCCAAUUCUCAUGGGUUUUCCGGUAGUCACACUUCGUAUUUCAAUCGAAUGACUCUAGCUGAAGCUGGUUCGAGCAGGGUUCUUGCGUUUGGGUACAAAAAAGGUUCACUGAAUUGUGGUCGUAUCAAUUGGUCUGGACGUUCAGGGACUGGGUUUGGGCAUCUGGGUCGGGUCUCUUCGGUCUCAGGUGGAAGUUCAGGUGGCUCCGGCGGGAUUGGUGGUUCAGGUGGUGGUGGUGGUGAUGGUUCCGGCGGGGGAGGUGAAGGUAGCGGCGGGAACGGAAACAUGUGGUCGUUUCUCUCAUGGUACCUGGCUCUUCUCUCAGAUUAUCCUGUUUUGACCAAAGCUGUGACGUCAGCAAUCUUGACCCUCAUUGGAGAUUUGAUCUGCCAGCUUACAAUCAAUAAGACCUCAUCUUUGGACAAGAAGAGGACACUCACGUUUACCGUCUUGGGCUUGGGGCUAGUCGGUCCAGCAUUGCACUUCUGGUACUUGUAUUUGAGCAAAGUGGUGACAGCUUCCGGAUUAUCAGGCGCAGUUUUGCGACUUUUACUAGACCAGUUUCUUUUUGCUCCUGUUUUUGUUGGAGUUUUCUUAUCAGCUGUUGUGACACUUGAAGGAAAACCAUCGCAUGUCAUCCCAAAGCUAAAGCAGGAGUGGAUUGGUGCAGUGCUAGCAAAUUGGCAACUAUGGAUACCAUUCCAGUUUCUUAACUUCAGAUUUGUUCCACAAAACUUCCAGGUACUCGCUUCGAACGUAGUGGCUUUGGCUUGGAAUGUGAUUUUAUCAUUCAAAGCUCACAAAGAAGUUGCUCCGAAGUAGGCAAGUUUCUUACCUACAGGUGUUGUGGGAUUGUAAUCGGCAGAGUUUUGGGGCAGGGUUCUUGUCUGCUGAUGCACAUGUUUGGUGUUUCAAACGAAUAUUUGGGACACUACUCAUGACAUUUUGUUUAUGUAGAAACAAGCUUGUUCUUAAGCACUUCUGUCAUGUCACAUUAUUGAGUACUUUAUUUAAUUCAACCUUUUGCUACCCAACAUCAUCAUCCAUUUUUACUUCUUAACGGAAAUUGUAAUUUUGAUAGUUAAUAAUAAAGUCUUAAAUUCUCUGGUAUCUGUUUGUUUUGAACAUCAAGAGGAAAAUUUUGAAGUUCACGGACCAAUCAACGACCAUUAACAGAAAAAAAAAAAUUUAAGUCUCAAACACCUCCAAUAAUGCCUUUAGUUAUUUGAUUAAAAAAAAAA